CGCUUCAGAUCCUAGCUCCGAGACGGGAUCUAAUAGUCUGGACCAUGCAUCCUGCCACCCCGAGCAGGCUUCUCUUGGCCUGUAGCCUCGCCUUCAUGCCCUUCUCUACAGACUCCUGGGAAAUUACAUUGAACGAGCUAGAGGAGAAGGACGUGGAUGAAUUCAGCUCCAGUGGUCUCAAGUGUCCCACAUGCUUCUCUAUGAAGGGGAGAGAGUGCAGACCAACUCUCAAGUGGUGCUCAACGGACAAGAUAAAUUGUGUGGAGUUCUCCGGCAUCGUAAACACAGGUGUCGACAACAUACCCAUUCAGAUGAUGAAAUGCAUAACCGUAGAGCAGUGCAAGGACACAGUGACCACUUAUAUGGGUUUUUCCAUCAGUAACAAAAGUGAAAUCUGUAAGUCAGCCGUCAGAAAUGGGGCCAGAGUCAGAGCCCCGACCCCCAUCUUCCUUAUUCUCUUCCUGAAGAAACUGCUUCACUGAGCAGCCGUGGAGGCUCAGCCACCAUCCCCGAAGAAUUAAAGUUGCAGUUUCUGUUUGU